AUGGUUGUGAUUGCAGCCGCUCUCGUGGCCGUCGCGGUCGACGCGAUGGUCACCAGAUUCAUGGGAAUAGUCGGCGGCCCUGUUUGCGGGUAUGACCAUCAUGUGGCUGGCUUCGGUGUAUGGGCGGCGGGACAUGGAUGGACGCUUGGAAUCGCGCUGCUCGUCCGCGAAGAAUGGGUUCGGGCACUGGAGGAGAGUCGCGCUGGAAUGGGCAAGAAGCUGACUUGUAAGUUCUUUGUCGAGGAGGAGGCCUUGGAAGUUGACGUCGAAGAGAGUGGGCGACUGGUAAGCGAGAAGGAGGAGGUUAAGGAGGAGGAGGAGAAAAAGGGGGAGGAGGAGGAGGAGGAGGAGGAGGAGGAGGAGGAGGAAGAGGAGGAGAACCAGAAGAAUAAGGAGAAGAAAGGCGAGGAGGGCAAGGAUGAGGUGGAAAGAAAACUCCCUCCUACGUCAAAAUCGCCAAGGUCCACGAAGAAGUUCAUGCCGUCGUCGAGGCCAAACAAACGGACCAUUGCGUCGUGGCGGGGUGGUGUGGUGGUGGCUGGUGCUCAAGCUGGUUGUGGCGCGGGAGCGUUCUGGCGAAAAAAUUGCCAGAUCACCCAAGGUUGGCCCGUGCGCCUGCGCUACCAGCCGGGCAGUUCCAUCCAAUCUCGCCAUCCACGUUCUCCGACGAAACCCUCCACCCUCCAAGACUUCAAUAGCCGCCUCUGCAGCAUUUCAAAGGCUUGCAUUGAGCCAUACCGCGUCAUCCAGUUCCUCCAUCAUCGCCAUGCGACAUGGUUUACCGUCGGUCCAUCUGCCUCUGCGCGCGCCUGGCAGGAUCCGGCGAGGCCGGCGUCCCUUCCGCUGAACUCCGAUGUAUCAACUCCCGUCGUCUGCCAGCCCAUACGAUCCUUCUGGUCACUUCAACAAGACCACACUGUCAUUACGCUUGAAUACGGCCAAAUAGAGCAGCUUUCGGAGCACAACAUUUACCAAAGCAGCAAGGAUGCCGUGGAACAGGCAUUGCUCCCGUGGUCCAAAACUGCCUCGACCUCGAUCCGGACAUUGCGCCGCGCACCGCGGACGAGGCCUCCGACUCGUCACUUGCCCCCCAGGCUGCGCGACGUGCCUUUCCCGUCCCGCGGCCCCGGCGUCGCCGUCGUCGACAGGAAAUCCGACUUCCGCCUCAAGAACGGCCUCUGGAAGAUGAACGGCUUGGGCUUCAGCGCCGUGCGCAACCGCGCCCUGGCCGAGGUACCGCUCGACAACGUCGAGAUCUAG